AUGUCUACUUCAACUCAAACUUCAGAACCAAAAUUAGUUCCUUGGAAGAACUUGGGGAAAUCAGGUUUAAAGAUUUCCAAUAUAGUCAUUGGAUGUAUGGGUUAUGGUUCCAAGAACUGGGAUCCAUGGUUAAUUGAAGAUAAACAAGAGGUCUUCAAGAUUUUAAAGAAAGCUUAUGAUCAUGGGAUUAGAACUUAUGACACUGCUGAUAAUUACAGUAAUGGACUAUCAGAAAACAUUUUGGGUGAAUUUCUCAAAGAGUUCAACAUCAAAAGAGACAAGGUUGUCAUCAUGACCAAGGUUUGGGGUCCAGUCGAUAAUGAAUACCCAGAAGGUUACAGGGGUGUUAUGGUUGAUCAUCAAGGUUCUGAGUUGGAUAAAGUCAACUUCAUGAAUAAUAGAGGGCUAUCCAGAAAGCACAUCAUCGAUGCUGCAAAAAACUCAGUUGAAAGACUUGGAACUUAUAUCGAUCUUUAUCAAAUUCAUAGAUAUGAUGAGUCUGUUCCAAUCGAAGAAACUAUGAGAGCAUUGAAUGAUGUUGUUGAGGCUGGUUAUACAAGAUACAUUGGAGCUUCAACCAUGAGAGCCGUGGAAUUUGUUGAAUUGCAACACGUUGCUGAAAAGCAUGGAUGGCAUAAGUUUAUUGCUAUGCAAAGUUUUUACAAUUUAUUGCAAAGAGAGGAUGAGAAUGAGUUGAAUUAUUAUUGUGACAAGACUGGUGUUGGUCUCAUUCCAUGGUCUCCUUUAGCGUUUGGUAUUCUUGCCAGACCAGUUCCAAAAGAUGAAUCGGAAAAGACAGAGAGAGCUAAAACUUCGAUGUUUAAAGGAGCUUUUGGAACAGACAUUUCAAUCAAUACAAAAGGUCAAGAUGCAGACAUUGAGACUAUCAACAGAGUUAAUGAAAUUUCAAAGAAGAAAGGUACAUCAAUGGCUGCUGUUUCAACUGCUUGGGUCAUUAGUAGGGGUGCUGCGCCAAUUUUGAGUUUCAGUUCUUUGAAAAGAGUUGAUGAUGGUAUCGAAGGUGCUAAUCUAAAACUCACUGAUGAGGAGAUUAAGUAUUUAGAGGAGCCAUAUCUUCCAAAGGUUAGAGUUUUCAGAUAA